GAAGCCAAACAGCCGUUGGGCGGCCUUUGCCUUGGCCUCCCAGAGAGCGUGGAGAGGGCGGAGGGAGAGGUGAUGCUGCUAGUUGUCUGCAGCAGGGAUCGGCCCUUGCCAUGUUAGGGCAGGGAGAAAACUGGUGUUGUGGAACUGCAUGAAAAAGUCUGACGUUUCUGCAUGUUUGUAUACACGUAACAAAUUGAAAGCUCAGAAUGACUGAUACUGAUGAAGCCAAGACUUCAGCUUUUGACCACUUUGAAGAUUCCCAAGAUCUAAUAUGUAUGCCGCAAGAACAACAGUCUAAUGUGCAUAAACAUGCAACUGCAAGGAAUUCAUGUUUAGGCUCUGCACAGAAAGAUUCUGUAUGUGAAAAUUCUUCACAGGAAUCCUACACCAGUGGUAGAUCUUCCAAAUGUUUCACCCACUUGACCACUGUCCCAACCAAUGCCUUGCUGGAUGACAGCGAUUCAGAGACUGACCUUUCUGAUUCGACUGGCAGCUUGUUCCAACCUGAGUGUAACAUUACACCCUCAGCUCGAAGUUCAGCAAGACACUUGGCAAAGUCUCCAGCAAAUACAUUGGACAGAGACACUUCAACUGACUCUUCUCCAGAUCCUGGAUCACCAUUUAAGUUGGUUAAAUCCCCAGGGCUGUCUAGAUCUGCACCCAAUUUGAAAGCCAGUUUUGACAAUCACUUGAGGAGGAAGUAUAGGAGACGAGCACAUCAAAGAUGUAAGGAGAAACCAAAAGAGAAAGAGAAGAGGUAUAAGAGCACAGGAAAGCCUAGAGGGAGACCACGGCUAACUGCUUCACAAGAAGAGCAGAAAAAAAGACUUCUAGACAGAGGCUUUCAGUUUCCUUUUGUGGAAAAAGAAUAUGGAAGGAAACAUCUCCCCAUGAAAAUGAUUGUUGAAUACGAGCAAGCAGCUUUAAAGGGAUAUUUCCAAUACAUUAAGAUGCUCAAAUAUGAAGAACAUCUCAAAAAGGCUUUAAAAAACCUGAAUGCUAGUGAGGAUUUAGAAAAUGAAUGUAUGGUGAUGCGGAAACACAAAUACUUAGAUGAUGAAGGACCCAUUUCUCCUAUUCAGGAGACAAAUGAAGAUGACCACAACUUGGAUCCUGAUCAAGAAGAAUUUGGUGCCACAAUAGUUGAAAACAGCUGUUUCAUAUUAAGCAGCAAACUUCCAAGCAAGAAAAAAUCAAAGACAAAAGCAAAACAUGCAAAUCUGAUCAGAGAAGAUGAAGAGGAAGAAUAUGCUGCUGAUGGGCCCGGGCCUGUACAUGAGAUACUACAUGGAUCAGAAAACUAGUACAUCAUGGAACCCCAUAAAUGCUAGUUGCUGUGACCCUGACUCUGAGCAUGCAUGUCUGCAUAUGCUGCUCCGCCUAGCAAAAACACAUUCACUUCAGACAAAAACUAUGUUCAACAUUCCAACUAAGGAAACUUUGUUAUUGCAAUUGAUUGAUCUAGCAUCAUCUAGGUUGUAAAUAUAUAAUUUGUCUCCUUUGGGCUUGAACAUGGGAAACAUCCUCUCAGCAUGAUUUGAAAAACUUCAUGCUGGAUCUGGGACUGGAGUUUUUGCUGGUUCAAUUGGCCUUUUUUUGGAGGGAGGGAGAGAGGAACCAUUUUAGUUUUUCUGCUGCAAGAGGGCAUGCUGAGAACUGCAGUUGCCAGGAACCCUCCAGCUUCCACUUCUCCCUCCAGCAAGCAGUGUCAUAAGAACAUAAAAAUGGCCAUACUGGGUCAGAUCAAAGGUCCAUCCAGCCCAGUAUCUUGUCUACAGACAGUGGCCAAUGCCAGGUGCCCCAGAGGGAGUGAACCUAACAGUUUCUGGAACUUCCAAAAUACAUUGAUGAAAUCAAAAUGGAAAUAUGUAGCUGGUUGGUGAAAAGGGGGGGGAAUUUCCUAUGGCGUUCUGACUGUAGAGAAACACAAGCUGACUGCGGUCACGGUCAGGAAGAUCAUCUUCAUACUGAGAGGCUCCUGAUAUCCAGUGCCCUAGAAUGACUUCUUGCAGACCAAAGCCAAUUUGAGCAAGCUUUAGGAUCUGAGGGAGUCCAAAUAACUCUGGAACACGCAGUCACAAAUCACAUUUUCUUCUGGUGUCUUGGUGGAUCACAUGUUUAGGAAGCAAGGCAAGUGAAGUGAUUACAAAGAAGCCUGGUCAACCAGAAAUGAGGAGAUGCCUGUUCAUGAGGCACUAGCUUAGUUAACACUCAACAUGGAUUGAAAAUCUUAUCUCACAAGGAAAUGAGCAAAUUGCUGGAGGGACUUCACUACACUAGACAGACCAGAUUUCAUUAUGACGAAAGAAUUGUUUGAAACACAGUAUCAUGACACCAACUUGUUUGACAGUGCCUAUUGCUGACAAAUCAUUGACCGCAAAUUCCAAAUGAAGACCAGGCUCUGACAUGGGUAUGGAAAACUUUCUAGCUGUAUUGCAAAGGUCAGUGAGAGACCCCUCCCUAAGCUGUGGACAACCUUAAAAUGUCUUGACUUUGCACUGCUCCACUGGAUGCUGCUGUAGUAAACUUGAUUACUGAAUCCUUUAACCUAAACUUGAUAACUGUCACAUGUAUUUUUAAAAACAUGCUUUGGAGGAUUUAAUGGAAUGAGUCACCUUCUAAUCGACAGGAAACUUCAGGGUGAACUGCUACAUUGGCUUCAUGAUUGAGUCAGUUGUAUAUUGUGAGCCCUGGAAAAUGACACAUUCUAAAGUUAUUUGAGAACUUACUUGCAAAUAAGUGGCAGUCAUUCAAUAAAUACCAUACUAUGUACAAAGUCUAGUUUUUCCUCAUACUAUUCAGUUACCUAUUACUUAGCUGAACACACCUGUGCUUAAUUUUCAGCAAUGCAGCUGCUGCUGACACUUGGUUACCUACAGGUCAAGUUUACUUAAGGCAGGGGUUCUCAAACUGGGGAUUGGGCCCCUCAGGUGCUUGAGGUUAUGGGGGUGGUCACGAGCAGUCAGCCUCCACCUGAAACCCUGCUUUGCCUCCAGCAUUUAUAAUCUGUACAUUAAAAACACUUCUUUAUAUAAGGGGGGGUUGCACUCAGAAGCUUUAUGUGGAUGGGGUCACCAGUGCAGAAGUCUGAACCCCUGGCUGAAGGGAUGGCAGUAGCACCCCAAUUCUGCACAUAGCUAGAAUCUUUCAUUAUCAUUUAAACUGGGUCCUGGGUGGCAUCUUUGAGUUGAGAACCCAGGUAACUUGACCACAUCAGGAGCUGAACCCAACACAACUGCAUUGUAAGGAAUUCAGUAGCUAGAACACAGGCUGUGUCUUUUACAAAGGUCACUGAACUGGUGACUUCCCAGGACCUCCAUGACUGCAGCAGCAAACCUGAGGGCUGCUGGAGCACAGCCCAAGUACCUAUGUUUUAGGUAAGGGUAUUUGUAUAGUAGAGACAUGGGCAGCAUUGCCUCUAAUUUUUCCCAACAGGUGGAAUGAAUUUUAUGUGCACCAGUAUGGAGGCAGAGUGGCAUAUAAAAUUCAUGUUGCAGGGGUGGGGCAGAGGAGUUUGGAGUGUGGGAGGGGGCUUAGGGCAGAGGGUUAGGAAGAAGACCUGUGUGUCCCCUGCUGUAGUAGCUCAGGUUGGGGCCAUAGGACAGCUGCCUCCCCUACUCACAGCAGGUCUGGGGGCAAUGUAUCUCUUCUCCCCCCCCCAAAAAAAAAACCUCUGAGCAGCUGCAGUGCUUAAGAGGCUGAUGUAGUGCUUAAGAGGCUGAUACACAGCUUAGAGGGAACUUAGGUGAUAGGGCAUGACUUUGAGUAAAUACCCAGGCUCAAGCCUAACUCCCCCUCUUCCCUCCCCCCACUGCCAUCUACACAAACCCAGGGCUCAGUCCCAAAACCCUACAUCAACCCUGGACCUAAAGUUCAAGCCCUGUUUCUUUGCAGUGAAGAUGUAGCCUCACAUACAUAGACUUUUAUUUGCCCAGUGGACAGCCAGUUUCCCAUACUGCAGCAUGAAGGGCUAGGGCAGUGGCAGCCAACUUUUGGGAGGGUGCUAGGGAUGGUUGGUUAGAUGUACAUCCACCUAAGCAGUGUAGACACUGGAGCCCCAGAUGGGGAUCUAAGGUUCAACCAUUCUUAACCUUAGCAUCUACAUAUUUGUAACCCUAGGUCAGGGGUGGGCCAGCUACAGCCCAGGGGUCACAUCCAGCCCUCCAGCUCCUGCUGAGAAGCAGCCUCCAGGGCUUGCCUAGAUCUGGCACUCCAACCAGGGAGUGGGGUCUUGCCCCACUCCACAUGGCUCCCAGAAGAAGCAGUAUGUCCCAUUCCAGCUCCUACACACAGACAGCCACAGGGCUCAGCACACUGCCCCCACAGCUCCCAUUGAUUGGGAACCACUGUCAGUGGACAGUGCAGAGCUGCCUGGCUGCACCUCCCCAUAGGAGCUGGAGGGGGGACAUGCUGCUGUUUCUGGGAGCUGCUUGAGGUAAGUGCCACCUGGAGCACCCUCCAAUUUUGUGAGCAGUCAUAGCCCACCCUACCAAUUUCCAUACCCAGAGGUGGCCAAAGGGCCAAAAAGUUUGCCCACCCCUGCCCUAGGUUAACAAGUCCAGCAGCUGCUACUUCAAGUUCUAAUGCAGGACUUAAUGUAGACACAGCCUGAGGCAUGUUCUUCAGCUUCUCUAUUUAACAUUUGUAAAUGUUGACACUAGAACUAGAUACAAUAUUCCACUAUCAGUCUCACCACUAGAGUACACAGAGGUAAAGUGAUCUCAUGUUAACUGUAAGACUCUACAGCUUUUCCAGGAUACAGUUUAUCAUUAUGUGUCAGACUCUGUUGAGGAACUGCAGAGUUUCAGUAAAAUGCAUUGGGUAAAAUUUUCAAAGGUAAAAAUGGCAAGGGUUUAAUUUCAAUGGGAAUUAAUAGUAACAGGCCUAACCACUUGUUUACCCUUCCCUUUAUAUUUAUGACACCUUUAAAAUCCCUCCUGGCCAGAGGAAAAACCCUGUCACCUGUAAAGGGUUAAGAAGCUAGGAUAACCUCACUGGCACCUGACCAAAAUGACCAAUGAGGAGACAGUUACUUUCAAAGCUGGACGGAGGGGAGAAACAAAAGGAUCUGUGUCUGUGUGAUGCUUUGGCUAGGGACAGAACAGGAACGGAGUCUUAGAACUUAGUAAUCUAGCUAGAUAUGCAUUCGAUUUUCUUUAAAUGGUUGGAAAAUAAGCUGUGCUGAAUGGAAUGGAUAGUCCUGUCUUUUUGUAACUUAAGGUUUUGCCUAGAGGGAUUCUGUUUUGAAUUUAAUUACCCUGUAAGGUAUUUACCAUCCUGAUUUUACAGAGAUGAUUCUUUUUACUUCUAUUAACAUUCUUCUUGUAAGAAACUGAAUGCUUUUUCAUUGUUCUUAAGAUCCAAGGGUUUGGGUCUGUGUUCACCUAUGCAAAUUGGUGAGGAUUUUUAUCAAACCUUCCCCAGGAGGGGGUGCAAAAUUUGUGAGAAUUUUGGGGGGAAAAACAUUUCCAAAUGACUUUCCCAAUAAUAAACCCAGUUAGACAUUUGGUGGUGGCAGCAAAAGUGCAAGGGCAAAAGGUAAAAUAGUUUGUACUUUGGGGAAGUUUUAACCUAAGCUGGUAAAAGUAAGUUGAGGAGGUUUUUCCAUGCAGGUCCCCAUAUCUGUACCCUAGAGUUCAAAGUGGGGAAGGAACCUUGACACCACUAUUUUCACCUUUGAAAUAAAUCUCCCCUCAAGUGUCAUUGAAAGGGUGUAUCCUUUUAAAUUGAUAGGAAUUAGGCAAAUUGGACUGUUUUACCUCUGUAUCCUAUGAUUUUCCAAUAAAUUGACACAUGCACAGGUUUCAUUACAAAACUUUAUUAAAAAGAUUCAGCUGACUUCACUUUUAAAUGCAGACCAUCCUCAAUUAAAAAGCCUUUAUACAAUCUAGAUCUGGUUAAUCUGAGUCAUAAUACAAGCAGAAAUGGAGUAUAAACUGGAAGAUGAAAUCUAAUUAAGCAAGCUUUGGUAGUGGUUAUCACUCAAAUCUUGGGAACAAACUACUGAGGUUGCUACAUUAUUUAAAUUAUGAAUUUGACCUAUAUCAAAGCUCAGUACUUCACAGCCACAUAAUGAUAUUGCUUAAUGUGACUUUGGCCUUAUCAUACAUUCCUUGGAUUGAACUGAGAAAGGAGUCAAGCACUUUUUAUUCCCAUUAGUCUCCUAAAGGAUCUAGUGUUCAAUGUGUCUUUUUGGCUCGUAGUUUUUCCAAUGUUUUCUGUAAGUAAAAAUAGAUGUUUAAAUAUCUAGCAGAUUGAUUUAGAUGCGAAGUUCCUAAAUAACGGGCUGGCAGUAUUAUGAAUAGCUAAAUGCUCAAUAGGAAGGGCAUCAGCUAAGCAUCAAUGUUCUAUUGAAUACUUGCCACAACAGCAGAUUGGUUUAUUCAGACAAUGAGGUAUUCAGUGUUUAAAUACAUCGGUGUAUAUUUGGUACCAGGCAACCUUAUGUAAAUAACAGAACAAGCACAGUAAUAAUAUUUCUUAAAGUCAUGCAGUGGAUGUCCUAACUGCGUCCCUCUGGAGGGAGUUUCUCAGGCUAACCCUAAAUUUGUUGCAAUGAAUGGAACAGUGCCAACAGUAGCCAGAAGUUUAAAUCCUGAUACUAUGGUUUGGUUUAAAUCAAGUGAGCAGUUCCAUUUCAGAAACAAAACUAGUGUAACCUCUUAAUAGCUAGAAGUAGAACACUCGGACUGUAGAGGCACCAAGCUUUCGAACACUGACUCCUCAUUUGGGAGGUUUUCACCGAUGCACUCUUUCAAGCAAAGUUACAGGAGGGGAAAAAUCAGGAUCAGAUGAUGCUAAAUCAGAUUUAAUUUGUAGGGAAGAGUUUAGAUAGUUUUGUUUCUUUCCCACCGUUGUUCUGGCCAGCGUUCAUAAUUUAACUAUACACCUUAAAGACCGUAGCUCUCUAUUGCUAUUUUUCAACCUGGUCUUCAUUGAAAAAUGCAAAAUUUUAGUAUGUCAAUUUAAAAAAUUAGUAGCUGAAAGCCUAUAAACACAUGUCACAUGGCUGUAAUUCAUCACCAUGAGAUAGGGUGGUAGAAUUUCAUCAUUACUGCACGAAUGGCUCACCACAUUUGCUUUAGAUGAACUCCAGUUUUUAACAAUACGACGUAGAUAGCAGUCUCAUUAAAAAGGGACUUCACCGACAGCUCAGUGGAAUUAGAACUGCUCAGAACAACAGGCAUUAAAAUAGAGAAACGCUAGGCCAAGGGGUUUAAGAUACUGUACCAGAUGCAGUUACCUUUUGAAACUCUUUAGCCUUUUCCCUGUUUUUAGCGUAGGUUUGUUGUCUUGAUUUCUCUUCCUUUCUGAUUUUCACUUCGGCUAGUUGAUUAUAAAGUCUGCCAAACAGUAAAAAUGUGUAUACUUCUUAUUAAUGGGGGCUCAACUUAAAAAUUUAAGUAUUUGUAUUACAUAUACAGGGUUAAACUGGAAACGAUUAAAAAUGCAACUUUGGUUUACUUCUAGUAUGCCAAAAAUCCUUAUUAGUAUUUAUAUCCAAUAAGUUUAAUUACCCAGAGUUUUGAGGUUAUAUUUGUAAUUGUUUUACUAUAUAUUAUCAUCUUGACAUUUGACAGAAUGUGAGUGGCAAUUUUCCCAAUGUUUUACUGAUCUAAAAUCCUGAAGUUAGAUUUAAAUUGUAAACACAUUGGCAUGAAUAAUUAUUUUAGCUAUAACAACUCAAAGUCACAGAAUGGGAAAAAACUGUUUGCUUGGAACUCUGUAGGUCAAAAGUCUUUUCACUAAAGAGUGAAAACACUAUUUAUACAGCAUAAUUUAUAAUUAUGGAUAGCGAAUGAGGUUAGAUGCAGCAACACUUAGGCCAAGGUCUCAGCCUAACUUUGUCUGGCAUGAGAGUUGUUUUGCCAAUUUUUUCCCCUCUUACGUAAAUCUGCUUAAGUAAUGCUACAGCUGGCUGGGAAAAAGUGAUGUUUUGUUCAUGGAAUGUGUUACAUUAGAUUUUUGGUAAAAGGAAAAGUUAAUUAGUUUAAUAAAUAUACAAUCCUGUAAUCCUAAAAGUGCCUUUUAGUGGGGAAAAAUAAGGACAAGGUGACAACAUGAAAACUGUAUAAGCAGCCUAGGUUGUGUACAUUAAAGCUUGCACAUAUGUACUGUAUGGGUUACAUUAAUGCUGAAUGGAGAAAAAUUUAAUUAAUGGAUUCUUAUACUUGUCCACAUUACAUAUGCAAGUGAAGUUUAGUAGAACCAAACUGGAGAAAUACUGGAGCAGACACUGGAGGAAUAAGUCUGACCGACCAGACCAGGGAUCAGAGGUGGCAAUGAUCGUCAGAAAAUACAGGAGAAUUUCCUGGUAGCCCAGAAUUUGGUAACUUGGGCCUCUAUCUAUUUCAUCAUGUAUGUCUGAAGUUUUAUAAAUAAAGGUGAAAAUGAUUAAGCCUGAA